AUGUAUUCUCGUUUCUGGCGCUGGGUCCUGUUCCUGUUCAGGAAAGUCCCAGCUGACUUCCACACUAGGCGCGCAGGCAUCAGUCAGGGCAACGUCUUCAUUGCCUUCGUCUUCGCCCCUGUCCCCAAUGCUGUGUUCGUUCUGUUUACUCCCGUGACCCGCGGGCGGUGCACGACAUGGCCUGUAACACGACUUCUACCGCCGUUGGGUUGUCCGGUUCAUCACGCGUUCCCGCAACGUUCUUCCUCUGCUCUACGUACGGAUGAGCGAAUAGCUGUAUUACUAUAUCAUUUUCACCGGUUUCAAGUCAUGCACAUUCGUUUAAAGCUCAUGAUUCCAUCACAUCAGUUGGCGGGCGCGAGCUCUGGGCGGUCGCGCGGUCGCGAGCGCACGAGUGGGACAGCGAAGGCGCCACAAUCCCUGGCAGCUACUCGAAUUGGGACGACGAUGGGGCACAGCGAGCAGUUGUGGUACUGGCACGCGGCUGAUCGACGGGGGAGGGGCACGCGAAAGAAGUUCUUCUUCUCGCCGUCGCAAGGGACCGCGAAGCCGGAGAGGCGAGAAGAGUUGAUGCCGCAGGAAGCUUCCGGCGGUUCGCGCCAUUCACCUCAGCGAGCACCGCCGUCCAGACUCGUGCAGCGGCCGCCCGUGUACGGCGCCCGCAUCUGCUUGUUAGAUGAAGAUGAGAUGGGAGCCAAUAGCGUCUACUUUGGGAACAGAUUAUUGACAAAGCGUGGCGGUGUCGAUUGGAUACGUGACUCUCAGUCUGCCCUGUGUUGUGAGUGCUGGCACAGAGGGGUGUGGCCCAAUGAGCUCCCGCUUACGAGAGGAGCUCGAGACUGGGCAGAGUCGAUGGAGGCUGUUGGACAAAUGGGGCAGAAGGGGAUGGCGGAGGGGAGAAGCCUGCCGGCAAAUAAACCCGGUGAAUUGCCCCUUGAUGGAAGGAGGCAGAAGGCCCGAGAGAAUGAGCCCAGGGUCCGUGGAAAGCACGCGCAACAGAGGCGAAAGCAAGGGUGCUCACCCUCGAAUGCGAUCGUCCAAUGGGACGAAGACGGGUCAGAUCCCAGCAGAGCGUUUGCUCUUCUGCCCACCUGCCGACAUGCCGCCGGAAUGAAUAGGCCUGGAGAGACGAGUGCUGGUGUGGUGUGGGCCGUGGCCCUCGUGGCUCGCGAGGUGGACGAUGAUAGGGAUAUGGACCCACAGGAGUGCGCAGCGGACACUGGGCAGACUGGGCAGAUCUUGCGAGUGAAUUCAACAGUCAGGAUCGGCCGACUGCCCGAGCGAUGGCAUGGUGUGGCGCGUUUAGACACGGAGGGCAUGGGGACCAGUCGUGGCGGCCGCGGUUGGAGAGUUGGAGCGAUGGCGAGUUCCGAGGAAUGGAGUUGGCCGAGGCAGUCGCUGACUGCUGCUGCAGUGGCAGCAGGCUUAGCAGUGGCCAGCAGACAUGCUCGCCUCGUUAGCGGCACUUGUGACUGGCAGGAUAAGCCAUGCGUGGCCUGCGCGGCGUGGCUCAGGAGAUGGGCGCCAAAUGAGCCACGUGGACCAACAAGUUUGGGCGCUUUCAGCCGCCGGUGCCCGACCUCAGCAUCCCCACUCGAUCGGCCGCCGGACCAGAACAGCCGACCUCCUCCUCAGCAAAAAGUGACGUCAUUGACCAUGAACACUCUCAUUUUCCUCGUCGUUGCCGUGCUCGGCAUCUACAUCGCCGGGCAAGCAGUAGCCCUUCAUCCUCAAGCACCUCUGGAGCCUGCUCCCGACCCUCCUCUUCGCCAUGUUCCUGCUCUACUGCUACUUUUUCUGCUGAUCCUAUGGUCGUCGCCCGGUUGGAAACUAUGGUGCGGCACUCUCCAUCUGGCCGUUAUCGUGCGCCUUGCCCACUGCCCGGAAGCCGUCUUGUUGUCCCUAGCCAGACUCUGGUCAAAUACCCCUGCAGACAUGUUUUGUACAUAG